CCCAAGCAAGUGACGAAUGGAAGCGAGAACUUGAUUCAGACGUCAAGGCACCGGAGACGUAAAGCCUCUUUUGACGGAUUGUCUGCUGCGAUCGAGUCCAAUCCGAGUCGACUCACCUUCUUCUUCUUCCGUCGCAGCAGCUAAGAAAAAUCCCGGAAAAGAGAAAUUUGAAAAAGAAGGAUAAGGAAGAAAGGAUCCCGAAGGAGGCGAGUUUUGCUUCGAGAUCAAGCGAUUAUCAUCGUGUGAAUUUCCUCUCUGUGUCUAAGUCCAAGCCCUUAGGGUUUCGAUUCGACUUCCACCGAUCGAAACUCUAGAGCUGAAUCCGAUAGCCCCUCCCGCUGUCGUCCGCGGAUGGAUCCCUCUGCCGAUCGCCUGGACAUAUUCGACAUCUACAGCCGAUUCUGCGACAUUAAAUCUGGAAUUGCUUGUGCACGUGUGGAAAAGGGUCUGAGACGAGACGACGAGUCAGAAACAGCAAAAUUUUCAAGGGAGGCAUUGGCUCAACUCUUAAAAUAUGUUGAAUCAAGAUUGCCAACGAGGGAUUCAAUUUUUAAUGAGCUCUUGAAGCUUAUGUCACGAUUGAACUUGCUGGCAGAUUUUGCAGAGUUUGCAUGCUUCUAUGAGUUUGUUUUCUUCAUCUGCCGUGAAAAUGGACAAAAGAACAUCACUGUAAGCAAGGCUAUUACUGCCUGGAAACUUGUAUUAGCUGGGAGGUUUCGACUGCUUAACCAGUGGUGCGAAUUUGUUGAGAAAAACCAGCGAUAUAACAUCUCUGAAGAUACUUGGCAGCAAGUUCUAGCAUUUAGCCGUUGCGUACAUGAAACUCUAGAAGGUUAUGAUCCUGCAGGUGCAUGGCCUGUCUUAAUAGAUGAUUUUGUUGAGCAUAUGUACAGGGUAACGGGAACCAGUAACAAUACUAACUUCCAUUGUACCUGUGAUGAUUCAGAAUCUCAUGAUGACCCUCUCCCAGGAUUGAAGAGCUAUCACGGUUUGAAGAGGAAGUUCAGUGACGACUUCACCAGGGUUAGUGAGGGACUCUCAGAAACGUGCAUUGAGGACACCAGUCAUGAUCAUUGGUCCGUGAUUUCCAAGAGAAGGCAAAAGGCAAAUUUGUCUUCAGCCUUCGAGGAUAGCCCACUGACUGAUACUCCAGAUGACUACAUGGAAAAUGUCAGGCACAGUAGUCCCCUUGGCUCCAAGUCUCCAUGUGCAGUCGAAGGUUGCUUAUCAAAGGGCUUUGCUGGGCUCUUCUCCGGGCGUUCCUAUUUGCCAUACAACCGGGAAAGAAGAGUCUCCUACACCUGAGAGCUGUUAGUUUAGCUAUAAAGCGGGUUUUGGUAGAUCAAGUAGUUUCUCGAUAUACCAAUUUGCUAUGCUCUUGGGGUGACCAUUCUUGCGCUCUCAUGCCAUCUAUUUCUGUGUUCCCCUCUUUGAAGUGCUUUCGCUUGUUGCAAUUAAAAAGUGAUCUGAUUCAUGGGUGAUGAUAUGAUGUUGUCAGAUGCCAAUGUUACAUUUACUUGGGGCAAUUAUUGAGUAUAUGUUUUUCUUCUUCC